UCGACAUAGCAAUUAAUCUGUCUAUAAAUCAGAUCUUACCUCAAAGACCAAAAAACCCUAGUCGUACCAAAAUCUAGGGUUUACCUUGACCGGAUCUAGACACAUAAGCUGUUGAGGUUCUCUCCUCUUAUUCUCUCUCUCUUUCUCUCCCUGUCUCUUGGUCUCCUGUAGAUUUUUUUUUGUUAAAAGUUGAACACUUUCUGUCUUCUCAUCUCUUACAGGAGUGUUUUUUUUGUGUGUGUUCAAUUUUGAGUAGCUAUGGAAGUGGUUGCUGCUGCUGGGUCAAUGGUGACGCAGAGUCAACAGACAUGGGCUUGCUCUGUCACUGAGUCGCUUCUCAUCCUUGUCGGAAAGAAUCUGGCUUGUCUGCUCCUUGUGGCAGAAUCAUUGCUAAUGGGGUUGAUUGCUGUUGACCAGAGGUUGUCUCUGAAGGAAGGUUACAAAACAGGAAGCCGUGUUGAGGAAAACAAAGAUGCCAGUGACAGUGACGAUGACGAUGAUGAUGAUGAAGACGCUGAUGAGGAUGACGACGAUGAGGAUGAUGCUAAUGAUGAAGAUUUCUCAGGGGAAGAAGGGGAAGAAGCUGAUCCAGAGGAUGAUCCAGUGGCCAAUGGUGGAGGAGACAGUGAUGAUGAUGAUGAUGACGACGAUGAUGAGGAGGGUGAUAAUGAUGAUGAUGGAGAUGAGGACAAUGAGGAUGAGGAAGAUGAUGACGAUGUUCGCCAGCCACCCUCUAAGAAGAGAAAAUGAAUCAUGUGUUAACAAGUGUUUGUGCUUUGGAUGGUUAAGACUUGAAGAGGAUGAUCUUCUGUGUUGGUUUACGUAGUGUAGGGAUACUUCUUGUCCUCUUAUUGAGAUUUCAUCUUGUGUUGGUUACCAUUUGUUGUCAUGUGUGAUUUUUUUUCGAUGUGGAUUUUAGUUAUCUUCUGUGUUUAGAAUGCUUGGUCUCUUCUUCUUUUCUUUGUUUCCACAUCUGCCUACGGUGGUUAGCGGCAUGAAUGCCCACCGUGGUUGGCAGUUUCUUGGUUGCUGUUGA